CUCCAACUAGAACUCGUCCACGUUAUCAUCAAGUACGAGGGAUCACUGUGCGUCCCGCUGCGCCUCAGGGGAGGGACAACAAUGAACGUUCCCCUCAUGUCGUCAGGAUGGACAAAGCCGCUAGGAGCGUGCAAAGUGCGUUGCCUGAGGUAGGGUCCCAUCGUGACUUGCUUAACGAUUUUGUGGUGCUCUCUCCUGGGCUUUUGCGUCUCCGGUACCCGGACGCCGACUCUCUAGACUUGAAACAGAGCAUCUUGACCCGCGACCGGUCUGGCCACCGAAUUACGAAGAGUUUCAGCCGCCAGGACUACAAGGGCAGCCAAGUGGGAGUACAGGGAUUUUGGAAAUCCCUCCUGGAGUUGACGACUUUAGGAACGCGCACUAUCCUGGGGAAGGUCGCUCCUGGGAUACGUUGCUCCGCGCGCCUCCUUUUGCCUCUUUGA